GUUAGGUAAUGUUUCCGGAAGUACACGUAUGUCGCUGACGUUUAUUUUUCCACAUAAUGGAUAAUAAAUAAACAAAACUACGCACAGAUUACUUUAUAAAUGAAAAUUCUGAAUUUGUAGAUUAAUUCUAUAAAAUGAGGCGUUCUUAUCUUGGUAAGAUAUUUUCAGUUAAUUCUGUUUUAAUUACUGAACUAUACAAAAAAAUAGUAUAGGUUAAAAUUGAAACCAAGCUAAAGAUAAGAAUAAGACUAAAUAUAAAUAAUGAAUUCAGUUAACUUAUAUAAUAUAAGUAUAUAAGGCAGUAUAUUGAAUAUUAAUAUGGGCCUACUUAGUUAUGGUUAUGGGCCAUCCUUAAUUAACAUGGCACUAUUUUGGUCAAUACUGACUAAUAAUAAUAGUAUUAGUAUUAGUGACAGCUUCAGGUGACAAUAAUUUAAUAUUAUAAUAAUAAAAUAUUAAUAGUAUUAAUAUUCCCUCCAUCCCUUUGAGUUGACACAAAUCAUCAAAGAAAAUUAGAUAACCUGGUCUCAUCACUCAUCAUCAAGAUUGAUACUUUAGCCUUUGAAAUUAACUUUAAACAAAAAACAUGAAAUAUUUAGAAUAUUCCACAAGCCACAAGAUAUGACAACAAUUUCUUGCCCCAGGGGUUCUCAUAGAAUAUUUACAAUCACAUGCUCACUAAUCCAAAUGAAUUCCACAAACAUAUUAUAGUAUUUUCUAAAGUGACUUUAGUAAAGUCUUAACAGAAUAUUGCCAAGUAUAAACAGCUCUUUCAAAUUAAUGUUAAUAUAUGGUUCCAACUAGAUAGAGUCAUAGACCAUACAAAAUAUUGUUAUUCUUCUACACGUGUGUUAAAAAAAAUGCUUGCUGAUCAUGUCAAUUGGCAUGUAAGAAUUACUGCACCAAAUUUUAUUGCUUUCAUAUUUAAACAACUAAUGUAUAGUACAGAACCACACAAAAUUUUAGAUUCGUAUUUUGAAAACUUUUUGUUAAUAAUUAAAUUUACUUAACCCGUAGCCGAAGAUUCUAUAAUCUACCAAUGUUUUUGAAUUUUUUUAGAUUCUUGCAUUUCAACUUUCUGGGUGGAACACCCUCCUUGCCCUACCUAAUUUUCUGUUUCGGUUUAAUCCUGAAGUGUCAAAGUGUCCUCUUUUUAUAGCCAUUUUCAUUGUUUCUAUAGAAUAGUAGUUACUAUCCUAUUGUCUCAUUUGUAUUUACUUAGUUUACAUGUUUUAAUAACUGUAAAGCGCUUAGAGCUUUAUGAUAAGCGCUAUAUAAAAAUGCCUAAAUAAAUAAAUAAAUAAACACACUGGGGAAAUAAUUUUGUGUUUUAUUAAAAGUAGACUAUUUUUUUUAAAAAAAGAAAGAUAUACCAGCUCAUCAUAUAAUCCCUCUUCCCCUACAUGUAUUCAAGAAUAAGAGAAAAGAAUUUUGAAAUUUAUUCAAAAGAGUGGCUAUUAACAAAACAUUUAUUUGAUUUAUACUGAGCUAGGCCUGUGAGCUUACAACUUUUAGCACAGUGUUUCCCAAAUGAGCAUCUAAAAAGGUUCAAUACCCUCACUGCCAACCCCUUUUUUUGUGUAAGAGCUAAACAAUGAGCAAGCCAAGCAAUCAGUCAAGAACUUAUUUGACCAGUUAUUAAUGGGGUUUACAUUUAUGAGGCACAAGGCUCAAGCUGAAAAAUCAGUUUUAUAUCACUCCAAAAUCAACAUUGAGAUGACAGUGAAUCUUUGUGCCUGGAUUUUUUAUGUUAUUACAGAUGUUAUUACAGCUAACUACAAGGCGUUUGGACUGAGGCAAAGGUUUAUCCAAAUCAAUAAGACACACAAAAUUGGUGUAUUUUAAACAGUUUAGUUAAGCUUUAACAUUAAGCUACAAAUUAAAGACAAUUAGGCUGAUGUGCUGUUGAAGGCCUUGGCUUAACUGUACUAUUUUAUUUCAGAAAAAAUCUGUUUGUGUCUUACUAAUUAACGGAUGUAUUUUAUUGGUACUGAGUUGUAUGGAGCAUCAUCAAUGACUGGCUGCAACCUUUGGGUUCAGCUUAACUGAGCUGUAUGGAGCACCAUCAAUGACUGGCUGCAACCUUUGGCUUUUGCUUAUUCCAUGAAAACAACAGGGCAGCAUGUCUUGAUUAUUAUAUGUUCCAAUCAUCAUCAACAUAGGGCUGCUAAAAAAUUCACAGAUCACAAUUACUGCAAUGAAUUUAAUUUAAGCGCAUGCUCUCAAUGACUGGCUAUUCUUGCAAUCUGUGUUGAGAGCUAUGCAGACUUGUCUGCUCCAUACUGACUUUUGUUAGCACAAAUUAUUAUCUUGUUGCUGAAUUCAAACUCAAAAGACAUCACAUGUGACAUUGAUGAUAUGACAGAAAUUUUUGCUAAAUCAAUAAAAUUGAAUUCGCACCUGGGAAUGAGAUCAAUUUUUAUUUCUUUAAUGUGUCCUUGCUUUGGUAUCAAUAUUACUUUAUCUUGAGAGCACUAUUGGACAUCUUGAAUUAUACUAAUUUCCAAGCCCAUCUGAGCCAGAUGAGCAUUGUGAGAUGCAAGAAAAUAUGCAAGAAUAGUAUCUGGUAUUACUUUGCGUUCAUUUGGAUAGGCUACAUAAGAAUGGUUCGAGCAGUCGCAGAAUUUUCUUUUGAUGGACAUCCCAGGUUGAUUAUUAACCAAUUUCACAAAUUAGGCAGUUUUGAAGGGGAGGAAGGUUUAAUCAACUAAAGUUUAUAUUAAGCUUAAACAAAGUUUAAGAAACGUUACAUAUAGUUUUGGCUACAGGUACUACAUCAUAAAUUUUUUUAUCCUAUUCUGUACUAUGGAUGGCUUAAGAAGUUCCUAGCUGGGUGUGGAAGUUCGUUUCAGGGUGAAGGCAAUCACAAGAUGAAAUUUAUCAUAAAAUCCACGUGAAAAAUAUUCAUGGAAAAUAUGAUUUUAUUGUAAUUUUUUAAUGUAUAGGAUUGCCAAAAAAGUGUUGCAUGCUAAUACAAAAAAGGUCUUCAUGGACUAUUUCCCAUUUAAAUAUCUGGUAUAAUUAAGUAAUGAGAGCAUUUGAUGGAGUUAUCUUCUCUGGCCUUUCUACAACUCCUUUGUACAAUCCUAUUUAAAUUUUAGUUUAUUUAGUCGGUGCCGUAAUGUAAUGGGUCAAGCAGACCAAUUUAACAUGUAAAUAUGCUCACCUUUAACGAAAGUUCUUUUGGCUUCUCAGCAAAUGGCGGUACAACGCAGUAUAAAGACACAUCACAAAUGUUGGAAGAAGAAAACGAACAUUUGGAAAAUGAACUAAAAGGAAAAGUCAAGGCUCUUCGUUCCGUAAGUCUUCAUCACAGAAAAAUACCUAAGAGUUCUUUAAAAAAUUAAGCAUCUUAUUUUUUAAUUUUUGUUAGGUUUAUGCUUGUGUCCAUUUUCAAGUUAAAAUAAUGCUGUAUGCAACAAAGCCACCAUUUCAAUUUUAUAUACAUGGUUUUUUGACAUGAAAAUGUGUUCUUUCUUUUAAAUAAAUGUGUUCUUUGUUUUAAAUUAAGAUUAUACAAUUUUAAAAUUAUAAUUCUUCUAAUUUUCAGCUUACAAUUGAUAUUGGUGUGGAGGUACGAGAACAGAAUAAAUGGCUAUCCCAAAUGGUAAGCUCUUGGCAUAUUACAAGCAAAUCCCUCUGUAUUAUUCAACUUUUUAUAACAGCUGCAACCCAUGAUUGUGUAUCAAAUACUAGCAGUAUAAAACUAUUAUUUCCCGCUAAGUUAGCCUGUUUUGUUGUAAUUCGAACUUGACAUCUUAUCUCAGGUGACAUAUUUCUACUGAGGUGAUAUAUUUCUUUUGUCUUUAUUUCUCCUGGUGAUUUAGGACGAAGACAUGGAAACUUCAGGUGGUUUAUUGUCCAAGACCAUGGGCAGACUUAAAUCUAUAACCAACGCUGGACAUUGGAAAAUUUGGCUGUACAUCAUCCUGUUUGCCUUCUUUGUGUUCUUCAUGUGCUGGGUCAUCAUUCGGUUCAGAUAACGAGUGCCAGUCAGUAGCCACAACAGUUUUGGAGGACAUAUUUUCAGUUUUAACCUUGAAAUUUGAGAGAAAUUUGACAUGAGAGAUAACUUUAAUGGCGGCUUGAAAUACUAAGACUAGUCACAGAUUCAUUUUCAGAAUUACCAUUUACAUCAUUGUAAUUCCUGUCUAAUGUGAACUUAUAGAAUGCAUUACACAUGCAUUCAGAAGUAUUUAAGAAAAUAAAAUGCCUAUUGGUUGUUGCAGCCUUUUGUUUACAUGGUACAUGUCACUUUCUAACAGACAUUUAUUUUGUGUGUUAAAUAGUUAAUCCAAAUUGAACUUGACCUGAAAUCUCCGUAACAAAUUAAAGGUAAACAAUAUUUUUAUUUUCUUUAAAUGUGUGCAACUGUUGCUGCAAAUAUUUUCUUUAUCUUUUUAAAAAAUUGAUCAAUUUGGUUUAAAAUUUUGAUUACAGAGAUAACUUUUUCUUUUUUUUUUUUGUAUUUUUUUUUUUACACGUCAAUGUUUUAGUUUGAUCUUUGUAACUGCUUAAACUCAUAAUUUCAGGGCUGUUAUAUAUUCAGCUGAAUAUAAAAAAUUGUUAAUACUUUUGGGUACAAGCAUUGCCUCACGUGGACUUGCUAAUGUUGGAUGCACCCAGAGACAUUGCCUCACGUGGACUUGCUAAUGUUGGAUGCACCCAGAGACAUUGCCUCACGUGGACUU